AUGCCCAUGACAUGGAACGAAACCACUGAUGCCAGACUCCUGGUCGGCAUUUUGACCACUACAAACGUGAAACUCGAUAUGCACGCCUUAGCCAAAUUUAUGGGACCCGGCUGCACCGUCUCCGCCGUCCAGCACCGUAUCCAGCGCCUCAAGGACAAAGUCGCUGUUGCCCCCACCAGCACUUCCACUACUCCCGGCGGCACCGCUUCUUCCCCGGGCACUACCACUACCAUGACGUCUCCCGGCAAUGAGACUCCCACCAACUCCACCCCUGCUACACCUGAGAAGAGAAAGCGUGGUCGGCCCCGCAAGAACCCCGUUGCUGGGGGUGGUGAAGCUAGUACUACUCCCGCGGCUGCUCCUGCUGCUUCGACUGCUAAGAAGCCGAAGGCUAAGCGGGCUAAGAAGGCUGCUACUGCUGCUGCGAUUGUUAAGAAGGAGGAUUCUAGUGAUGAUGAGCUUUCCGAACCUGGUGUUCCUGAGACUCCUGAGGCUGGUAGUGAGGGGGUCGAGGAGAGUCCUAUUGUGAAGGGUGAGGAUGAAUCUUGA